CCGUCCGGCGAGGCCGUACACCCUGAGCUGGCGAUCGCUUCCGGGAGAUUCAGCCAUGGAGCGUCCUCGUGAGCACGAGGAGGAUGGCAGCAUCAAAGUGGUGGCAGAAUUUGACGGCGCUCUGAACAAUGGGCGCAAAAGUCUGUCCGAGGUCUGGGAGGAGUUCCAGCCGAUCUCUCUGAAUGGGAAGGUUGCAUUUGCAGUGUGCCUUAGCUGCCACAAUCGCUUCUGCUACAGUGGCGACAGCUAUCUGCGCCGGCAUCUCAAGACAUGCCCGGCCAAAUCGGAAGCGGCGGAGAGGCCGCCGCCGCAGGAGGAUUCCUACUUGCCAAAUGCGACGCUUGAGGAUAUAAGUUCAGCUACUCCCAGCAGAAAACUCGUGUCCAAGAUAUGGAAGGGGUUUACACCCAUCUAUGUUGAUGGGAAAUUGGAGGCUGCAGAUUGCAACUACUGCCACAAGCGCUUCAGUAAAGGUGGAGGCCAUCUGAGUCGACAUUUUCUAGCCUGUUCGAAACGACCUGGGCGUCGCCGCAGUCAUCAGAAGGGUAACCGUUCUGGUCAACCUAAUUUGAAGCCUAGGGUGCCUAAUUUGAAGUCCAGGGUGCAAAAUAAGUCAUCGUCCGCCACGACAGUUCCAAUUACAAAAUGCAAGAUCCUCAGGACCAAAAGCUCAAGUGGCAUCACCAGUCGGCCCGUUCAAGUGGUGGCAGAUCAUCAAUCCCCACCAGCAUCAGAUGGUACAAUCCCGCAGAAACACAAGACCUCAUGUAUGACUACUGCAACUGACCUAAGGGCCAGGAAGUUCGGUCAGGAUUCAUCUUAUCAAGCUAUGGCCAAAUUGAUAACUUUUCAUGGCUAUCCUUUGUCUGUUGUGGAGAAUGAAGAGAUGAGAAGAAUUUUAAAGAACAUCAAACCUAUGCCUAACACUGUCUCUCUCAGUGACAUGGAAGAACAUUUACUGGCUCUAUUUCAGAAGGAAAAGAUAAAAGCCAAGGACAAAGUUGCACUUACUUCCAAGCGCGUCUCUCUGUCAGCAAGUAUCUGGACUCAUGAUGGACCUGAGCCAACAGUAAGUUACCUCUGUUUGACAGCACAUUUUAUCACUGAGGACUGGAAAGUUCAGAGAAUGAUAAUCAAAUUUGGCAUGUAUUGGUGCUCACCAACUAAUUUGGAAAGGACAAUACACUGUAAGGAGGCUUGUGUUCCGGAGACUGAAAGUGGAUCCUACAAUGUCGUAUGGGAUGCAAUCAAAGAUUGGAAUCUUGACAAAAAGAUUUUGAGCUUGACUUCAGUUGGUGAAAUCAAGAAUGAUGCAAAUACCUCCAAGCUCAAGGAGAUGCUCAUAGAUCAGUGGUGCCUUCCUAUCAGAGGCAAGCUAUACAACGUUGCUUGUGUGGACGACAUGCUAAAUAGUGUUGUUUCUGAAGUACAAUCAUACAUACUUUUCCUUGUCGGUGACAUAGUAAAGGAUUUUUUUGGGGCAUGUGCAUCUUCACCAUUGGCACAACAGAAGCUUCUGGAAGUUAUUUCACAGAUGAGUUUGAAAUGUCCUAGAGAAGAUGCCAAGUGGUGGCACAAGUUAUAUUUUAGGCUUGAAGUUCUGUUGCAAUUGAAGAAGCUAUGUCCUGCUGAAGGAGUGCUGUCUCAAGAAGAUGUGAAAAUUGCUCGGUCUAUUUGCAAGAUUUUGAGGACAUUUUAUCACGUCAUCGAAGUAAUUUCUAGCCCUUGCUCUCAGACAGCAAAUGUAUACUUUAGCGAAGUAUGGAAAGUGAGGACAGUUCUGCAAGAAGAGGCAUCAAAUGAUCAUGGAGAGGUUGCUAGUCUGGUUAUGGAGAUGCAGGAAGUAUUCGAUGAGUAUUGGCAAAACUCAUACUUGUGGCUGUCAAUACCUGUUGUGUUUGAUCCAAGAUUCAAGAUGGUGUUCAUGAAAUUUCGUCUGGAACGAGCUUACGGCGCAGAUUCUCUGGGCUACUUAUCUGAAAUACACGAUACAGUCCAGGAGCUUUUCAAUGAAUACUACUACCGCAUGAAUCAGCCGAGGGUUGGCAGUGUUUCAAGCGAUGCAGCAUUGGAUGUAGAUGAUAAUGAUCCAUUAGACGAUUGGGAUGAGCAUCUCAGUAGGCAGUUAUCUUCAGAACUUGAUGACUACCUUGGUGAGGUUCUGGCUCCAAGAACGGAAGAUUUUGACAUUCUGGACUGGUGGAUGAAACAUACCACACAGUACCCCACACUGGCAGCUAUUGCGCGGGACGUCUUAGCUAUGCCAGCAUCUGCUGUCCAGUCUGAAGCAGCAUUCAGCAGCAGCGGGCCAGUAAUCCCAAAGCACCAGAGCACACUGAGCAUCAAGACAAUUGAGGCGCUCGUCUGCACCCGAGAUUGGAUGAGAUAAAAUUGCAAGGCCCCAUCGAUCCAGUAGCUAGCGAGACGCUGCGGUUAAGUGCACGCGGUUUUUAUUUUCUUAUUGCCAGGGUAAUCUUGUCUUGAUAUUUCUUUUGGGAAGCAUGCAUGGUUGCGCUCAUAUGAUGGUACUUGUUAUAGAUGGGCUUCCUUGGUUUUGGAAACUGCAGUGCUAUGUAAUGUCCUUUGAUCAUCUCACGCUGGAGGUGUAAUUUUUGUAGACAUGUGGAGCUAAUUGGUAGCAUCGAA